AUGAACAGGCCAGGGACGUAUGCAACAGUGCGAGCAGCACAGGUCGUUUGUCUGGCCUUCUCACGCUGCCUUGUUUCUUGUAAGAACUACGACGCGUUAGACCCAUCAUGGUGCAUUGGAUCGAUCGGCUACCGCGUGGCAGACGAGCCGCUCCGAGGAUCGACAUUCUCCCUUGCUCUUCAGACUCACAAUCACACACAGCUGCGCAGUAAGCAUAUCAGCAGAAGUCAAAGCCCUGGCACUUGCACCCUUGCAAAGCUUCAAUCCCUCAAACCCACACACACUACAGCGCAGCGCAGCGCAGCAACAUGUUCCUCCAACAGAUGGGAGCCACUUAUAUCAGUGCCUCGAAAGAGCAGUCUCGCUCGCGGUCGCACUCACCAAGAAACUCUCAAGAAAGCGUCAACAGCAAGCACAAGGACCAAAGUAGUAAUCACCAACAUCGACGCUUCUUCCGAUCCGAAUAAUCAUCUUCAAGGCCUUCGAGUGUCCCCUCUGAGCCGGAAGUCGCUGCUCAGCGUGACUGAGUAUGACCAUUUACUCCUCCGCAUUGCGAGCUCGAUACUAGGUCGAUCAGCAGAACUCCUAUCAAUCAGCCCAGCAACGGUUGAGCACUCAGCUUCACCCUUCCUCUGCUACGAAAGCCCACGGACCGGCCCAAAGCAGUUUCACACCACCAUAGAUUAUCCUCCAUUUUCGAAACAAACAUCAUCCCAAACACCUCCACUUGCUGAGAAAAAGCACCCUCAAAUCCCAAACCCCGAAAACCCCCUCACACAACUCUGCUGCCAACACCUCCACCCCCCUCUCUCCAUCUCCCUCCUCCACCUCAAAACCAUCACCGUCUCCCUCUUCAUCCCCCCCUUUCCACCCGUUGUCCCCACACCCAGAAGUAACCAAACACUAGCCGUCCCAGCCUCCUCAUCAACAUUCGCACUCGCAUCCAUAAUCUCCACCGCCAGCUUCACACUCUUAAGAUUUUUUUUCAGUUGGGCGAUAUAUAUGUCUCGACCGAUGACCGGGAUUCGCGAAUUUGGGGUAUCGAUUUCUGCGCGGAAGUCUGGGACUAUGAAGUUUUGGAGACAGGGGUUGGUGAAGUCUUGGUUGGCGAGGGAGGAGGCGAUUUUUAGGGAGCGGGUUUCGAGGUCUUGGGAUAGAGGAUUGGGUGGGCUGCGUUGUGGGAGGUGGAUUGGUGAUGAGAGGGAAGGUUGGGGUUGGAGGAUCUCUAGGGAUGUUGCCAUCUUUUCUUGGCGGGUUUGGAUGUGUGGUUUCUCCACAAGCUGGGAGGACUUUGCACUUGAGAUCGAUUGUUGUGAGUAUGUUCUUGGCCUAGUAUGCCCAGACCCUCGGGAGUUGAUGGCUUGGGAAAGACUGAUGCGACCUCUAUUUGCUGCCCUAACCGCCGACUUGAGUACUUGUAGGACCUUUUCGUUCUUCGCUCCCAAGGAAAUUGAUGCACAAAAUCCUUCGGGCAGUAGACAGGGCCCACCACGUGUUACCGCACCACCGGGACCACAUAAUACAGAUGCCAUUAUAGGCAAGCAGAAACUCGAAUUAGGGCGAUUAGCGAGUAGGGCCAGAAAGCCACGCAUACGAGCUGUUACGAAUGUUUCGGCCGCGAAAGACGCCAUUGCGAGGUCAACCCAGAGCCGUGUAGGGCCGGUCUCAAGGCAGGAAAAAUCCCGAGAUCUUAGGAUCCCUGAAUCUCUGAUGAAUCAUCUCGUGACCAGUGUCUUUGCUGUUGGCAGAUUCGCUGUGUGCUCGUUCUGGACCAAGAUAUCCGGCUGGCGUCCAGCAAGCAAGCCACUGCUGGCUGCGGAACCGGCGCGUCCGGCUCAGCAAUACCUCUCUAGCUCCAUCUUCACGACUCAGCAUUUAACCAACGUUCAAGACUUGACAGUGGUGGAUACUUUGUCUGGCGGCCCAGUGUGCGUUUAUGUAGAAGUCUUGGAGCGAAAGCCUACCAUUGCUGAAGGACUGCGAGAUGUCAUUUCGGUCCAGCCUGGUAGUUUGGCCUGCGUACUUUACACAAAUCUUUGCCAAGCCCAAGCAGCACUUCUUGCGAGAGUUAGUAACUGA